GGAAAAUGUGAGUUGCUGCUUCUUCCGGGUGACUUUAAGAAUGAUCUUGCCUGUCCAUUGAGAAGUACACAAUCUUUUAGAAACAAACCAGUAAGGAGUCUCAAUUGAAGCACAUGGAACGAGGGCAUGGCGGACACGGUACCAGCAGAGGAGGUUUGUCUCAGGACUGCUCACUUCCAGCUCUUCAAUUCCAGCAUGAGGGACGAAGCAAGAAGACUGACGACUUUUUCCCAGUGGCCAGACAGCUCACCGGUGUCUGCCUGGGAUUUGGCCAAGGCUGGGUUUUUCUUUGUGGGUCCAGGAGACCACGUACAGUGCUUCUGUUGUGGUGGUAUCCUGAAGGAUUGGAAACCUGGCGAUUGCCCGAUGGUGGAGCACCUGAAGUUCUUCCCUUUCUGUAAAUUCAUUUACUGUGAGGCUGUUCAGAACCAGCAACUGCUUCCUCUCCAGGGAAUGUUUGACUGUGUGGAUGGGCAGAUCCUCAGCCUCCUGCAGUGGAUAGACACUGAGGAGACAGCCCUGCCCAAUCAAGCAGCAUACCCAGAAAUGGUAACAGAGGAGAUGAGACUGUCAACAUUUCGGAACUGGCCGCAACGUAGUGAGAUGCAUCCUGAGCAACUGGCUAGAGCAGGAUUUUUUUACACAGGACAAGGGGAUGUGGUGAGGUGUUUUUACUGUAAUGGAAGUAUGAGGAACUGGGCCUUCGGAGAUGACCCGUGGAGGGAACAUGCCAAAUGGCAUCCAAGGUGUGAAUUUUUGUUGCGGUCAAGGGGGAGAGAAUUUGUUAACAGUGUUCAGGAGUCCUUUGCCAGCACUCGACCUCCAGGAUAUUCCAGGGAUCAGACUGAACAAGAUUCCUCUGCUUCCCAAGAUCUUCUAAGGAACUGGAAAUUGCUGUCUCUUCCUUCUCCGGAUCAGUUUUCUGUAGCACAUAAUGUCCUGGAGAUGGGCUUUGACCCCCUCUGGGUGGUUAGCCUGGUAGAGAACAAAUACAUGCUGACUGGGACUUACUACCUCUCUGAGUCUGAACUGAUUUCUGAUCUGCUCCAGCUAGAAUGGGAAGAGAGCAAUGCAAAGGAAAGCAGAGAUGCUGUUGAGAGAGACACUGAAACCUCACGUUCAAGAGGAGAAGUGCAGUCUGUGCAACAAAAGGAAUCAGAACCUCCACUGAGCACAGAAGAACAGCUCCGCCGCUUGCAAGAGGAAAGGAUAUGUAAAGUGUGCAUGGACAGGGAUGUGUCUGUUGUGUUUGUUCCAUGUGGCCACUUGGUAGCUUGUGGAGAAUGUGCCCUCAGCUUGAGACUGUGCCCUAUCUGCAGAGCAGUCAUCCGGGAGAGUGUGAGGACUUUCAUGUCCUGA